AUGAUUAAUGCGCCGGCGGGUAAUCAAACUCGGGCCACCCGCGUGGCAGGCGAGCAUUCUACCACUGAACCACCGACGCUUGCCAUGAGGAGCGGUUUUUCAAGACGUACGUUGAUAGCAGUGCAGAUGGCAGAUGUAUCGCGCUCUCUUUCCUAUUAUUUCAAAAAUGUGAAAAAUUUGUUCUUCGGCGUCUUCAAACAGUACUUUGCGUUUCUUUAUCGUAUGUGUGCAGACGGAAUCAUAAUCAAAGAUGCUGCUUUUAAGUUUGUCAAGACGUAG